CUCCGCGCCCCUCCGCGCCGCACGGAGCCCGCCCUCGCCGCUCGCCAGCGCGGCUCUGCCCCGCCGCCGCCGGGAUGAGGAGGCGCGCCUAGGGAGCCGCGCCAUGCGCCGCCGGCGCGGGGCUCUCGCACGGCCAUGGACAAGAUCUCUUCUAUGGGCAUUGAACUCCCAGCUCCCUAUGCCUAUUGCCUGUGAUGGAAGAACUUGAUGUUAAUGUGAGUUCGAGUGAGGGCUUCAGCGUAGCAGAGAAGAUCGUGCUGCUCACCUUUAUCUCAGCGGUUAUACUCAUGGCCAUCCUGGGGAACCUGCUGGUGAUGGUGGCUGUGUGCAGGGACAGGCAGCUCAGGAAAAUCAAGACCAAUUAUUUCAUUGUUUCACUUGCCUUUGCGGACCUGCUGGUGUCAGUACUGGUGAUGCCAUUUGGAGCCAUUGAGUUGGUUCAGGACAACUGGAUCUAUGGAGAGAUGUUCUGCCUGGUACGAACAUCCCUAGAUGUUUUGCUCACCACAGCAUCAAUCUUUCAUCUGUGCUGCAUUUCACUGGACAGGUACUAUGCCAUCUGCUGCCAGCCGCUGGUUUAUAGGAACAAGAUGACUCCACUGCGCAUUGCUGUAAUGCUUGGAGGGUGCUGGGUAAUCCCGACAUUUAUUUCUUUCCUCCCUAUAAUGCAAGGCUGGAAUAGCAUUGGCAUCAUUGAUCUGAUUCAGCAAAGGCAGUUCAACAAGGCUUCCAACUCCACUUACUGCAUCUUCAUGGUCAACAAGCCAUACGCCAUUACCUGCUCAGUGGUGGCCUUCUACAUUCCCUUCCUUCUGAUGGUGCUGGCCUACUACCGCAUCUACGUCACUGCCAGGGAGCACGCCCGGCAGAUCCGAGUGCUCCAGCGCGCAGGGGCCCCCGCAGAAGGCCGGCAGCACCACCCAGACCAGCACAGCACGCACCGCAUGAAGACUGAGACCAAAGCUGCCAAGACCCUGUGCAUCAUCAUGGGGUGCUUCUGCCUGUGCUGGGCCCCCUUCUUUAUCACAAACAUAGUGGACCCUUUCAUAAACUACACCGUGCCAGGAAAGGUGUGGACAGCUUUCCUGUGGCUGGGCUACAUCAAUUCAGGGUUGAACCCCUUCCUGUACGCCUUCCUGAACAAGUCUUUCAGACGUGCCUUCCUCAUCAUCUUGUGCUGUGGUGAUGAGCGAUACCGAAGGCCUUCCAUCUUGGGGCAGACGGUCCCUUGUUCCACCACCACAAUAAAUGGAUCGACUCAUGUGCUAAGGUACACUGUUUUACAUAAUGGGCAUCAUCAGGAACAUGAGAAGCUUCCCAUCCACAAUGACCCAGAAUCCCAAGAGUCCUGUUUCUAAUCAAGAUCCUAGAAGAGGAAUGGCCCAGUGAAAGAACAGAUUCCUUUCAGGAUCCCUAAAGGAUUCCUGGACAGCAGGACUUUUAUUCAAACUCAUUCAUCUGCAUUUUCAUGGUGCCUCCUGCACUGACUUCAUGUGAAUGCCCAACCGUGUGCAUGUGUAGAUCGAUGGGAGCACAGGAAGGUAUACAAUGAGCAGAAUGACUGAGGAGACACUUCUGUAUCUGCAAGGACAUCAGGACUAUAUUACUGCAUCAAAACUUUACUGUUGGUGCUCUCCAGGAGUGAGCAGAUUUCUGUCAAUGUAAAGAAACAACACAGAUACAAGCCACCACAGGGACUCCUGUUACUCCUUUCCAGCUGCUGUCUUUGUACAAGCCACCUCUUUGUCCUGUGACACCAGUAUCAUGACCUUAAAGAUUUCAAGUCCUGGCUUGAAGCCCUAACAUUAAAUGAGAAUAAAUGCCUGUUUUAUCUGCUCAAGGUCCUACUCACCUGUGACUGGAUGUUGCCAGGAAAGAAACAGCACUACAUUUAGAUAAUAAAGAGGAAAUAUUUGCCUUUUUGAUUAUCGUUACUGGUAAAAGGUUAGCACAGCUUUCUUUGUAAAUGCUUUUAUUGUGUUUCCUGGGCAAGUUCAUUGGUGGAAGUUCACUGGCAGAAGUUCAUUGGCCUGAAGAGCUGAAGCGUGGCCUACACAGACGUUUCACAACUAACAGAGACUGCAGGGCCCAGCAAGUGCUGCUUGAACUCCAGCCCAAGUGUUAGAAGACAGUGGCCAUCCUCUGCCAUUUGCAGCCAGUGGACUGGAUGCAGCCCUCAAAACCCAGGGAACCUGCCAGCGCAGUCCUCAUCUGAGCGAACUUUGGGCAUUCUUAUCGAGGAGAAAGGUUGGUCAAGAGACAGGGUCAGUCUGUAAUAGUUCACUAAGUGCCAUCUUGAAAAAUAUAUCAUCUAAAAAGCUUUUCUAGCUCCAUUAGGAAGAUGGACUCCUACUUAUGUUUUCCAUCUUUAUUUUUAUAUUUGUUUCUGUUCUCUUCCAACUCCGAGGCAAGAAGUUUCAGAACUUUCAAAUAUUACUGUAUGCACCCGAUUGUAAAAAUCUCAGUCUCUAGCUGCUUCUUGCAUGUAGAUGUUGCUACGUUCCUUGUGAGCAUCUUUCACCUUUGCAUGUUAGUGGUAGACAAGGCUGUAGGCUUAGCAACUUUGGGAGAAUUAUUUUCACGCAGUGGGAAAUAUGCAGGAUCAAGACUAUAAACCUCUGCCCUUUCUCGAUGAAGAUCUAACCCAGAGAUGCCACCCUGAGCCUAAAAAACAAAAUUGUACUUUGUUACAUUGUGUAAUCAUGUACAGAUAUUUUUAAUGUAAAGAAAAAGUGACAUUAUUUAUUAUUAUUUUUUAUCAAGAAUGUGUGUUUUUUUCAUUAAAAGCUUCUAGACCCAGGAGCUUAACAUAUAUAUAUAUAUUAUUUAGUAAUGUUUCUGUUGCUAUGUGACAGGUAUUUACUGUAAACAAACAAACAAACCCUAGUUUGAACAAGCAAAAAUGUUGCUCAGUAUGAAAAAAUUUUGUGCAGAAGAACUUCCAUGCCAUGAUGUCUGACUUCUUUAAAAUAUUCCUUCCACUCAGAAUAGAGUCAUCGAUAAGGCUUCUCAUACUUUUCCUUUAGGAUUCAACAGAACACUGCACAGAAACAGCUCUAAUUAGGAGGACUCAGGCACUUAUUAAUGUAGAAAAUCCCUAGCAGUUAGAAAGAGACAAAGAACUGAUGUUUGAGAACAUAGGUGUUGAUGGAAAGAAUACAAGGUGUUCUAAAAGAGAGGGUGAGAUACAGAGUUUGAGGCAAUUCUUGGUUCUGUAAUGACCUGUUCUUACAGGGUUGUGUUUCCAGAAAAACUCCAUAUUAGCUCAACUCUAUAGCUACUACUAAAACAGACUUCAGUGGGUGAAAAAAAUAGGGCAUUGUUGAGAGCUUUGGAAAAAAUCCAUCCAAAGCUGCAUCAGUCGUAUGAUUUACACCUCUAUGGAAUUGCUCAUAUGGAUUUUGUUUGGAUUUGGGUAUGAAAGACUGCAAAACAAGUUGUCUUAGUUUCAUCCCAAGCAUCAAAUUUCUUAAAGAAAAUCCUAACAAAGCUUUUCUCUGUCCCCAUUAAAAGGCAUCAAAAUGUUGGUGAAGAUUUCUGUUAGUGAUGUACAACCAGCAGCAUGGGGAUGCAAUAUAAUGGUUUUCCUUUGUUUCCACUGUUGUUCUUGAAGGGUUUUUUUUCCUAUAUUUUAAUGUGCUUUAGUAAUAUAUCUCUUCUUAAUUUAAAAUGAACUUCUCAACACUGAAUUUUAUUCAUGAGAGAUGUUCGGAAGGGUCUGUCAAGGGGAUCCUUAGCUCACCAGCCAAAAUGGUCAACAGCUCUCAUACAAAAAGAGAUCCAGUCCCAGAACCAUAUUUGCAAAUGUUCAUGUUCUGUGUCAUCUCUGGCUAAUGGUUGGUCAGACCCAACUAACUUGUCAUGAGCAAUCUGGCGGCUAUUGCUCAGUAAGUCAAUAAUUGCAGCAAUGCUUCUGUGAACCCAGCAAAUGAUAUUGUCCGUCAUCAACGAGUUAGCAUUUCUAUAGAAAAGAAGCUGUCUCAUGGAAAGAACCUGUACUCAGUUUCCUUCCUUCUCCAACAGUAGCUGCUCCAGCAGCCUCUGAGUUCAUCUUCCCAUUGACCAUUCUGGCUAGUGGUUCUGGAAUCUCUGCCUGUGCUGAAUAAGAUGUGUUGCAUUGGCUGUUUCUAAAAGUAAAAAUUCCUCUAUGUAAAUUAAA